AUGACAGUCGGGCUCAUUGACAUUUUGCAACUCGGGAAUGCUGCCUUUACUACAGCCGCAGAAAAUGGGAAAAGUUUCAAAGCCAUAUUCGAAGAUUCCAAAGUUAAGAAAUGCUUCUGGGACGUCAGGAAUGACGCCGACGCUCUUUGGGCGCUCUACAAAGUGGACCUUGCCGGCGUCAUCGAUAUCCAACUGCUCGAAAACGGGUCUCGACGGGGUAGCAAGGAGUAUCUCCAAGGACUAGAAAAGUCUGUAGAGAGCGACUUGAGCCUCGGCUUUAUGGAGCGCAACCGGUGGGUUCGGAUCAAGAAGGACGUACGGAGUCAGAUGUCGGCUGAUAUUUUUGCUAUUCGACCACUUGACACGGAAACGGUUCAAUAUUGCGUCAAUGACGUUGUCCAUCUGCCUGCUCUUCACAGCUUGUAUCUGAAGCGCAUUGAGCCCGUAUGGCUGGGAAAGGCAAUGGACGAAAGUUCCCACCGAGUUCAUGAGGCUCACUCACCCACCUACCAACCUCAGUCGCCUACAAAGAGGUUCGGGCCGUGGGGUGCAGGGAAUGUAUUGACAAUCGAUGAGGCACUCGAACUGUUGGAAGAAGAGGCAAUGGAUGCUAGAGAGAGGGAUUUUUUCGGGUACUAUGAUGAUGAUGAUGACUGGUACGAUGACGAAUACACGAAUUGUGCUGAUGGAGCGUUUGACCCUGAGGCACUUGCUAGCUGCUGGGAUAAAUCUGGAUAA